CGUUAAGCGAAAGCUUCUUCUAUGCCGUCCGCAACCAUUUGAACCACUUGAUUCUGGAAUUAUUUCAACCUUUAAAAUUUCAAUUUUGUACGUUUGUUCUACUAGUUUAGUCUAGUGUGGUGUUUUUGAAAAUGGUUGAAAUCACGCCCCUUGAGUCCAAAAUAAUUAGACAAGUUGAGUAUUACUUUGGAGAUGUAAAUCUAUCACGUGAUAAGUUCAUGAAGGAGGCUGUUAAAGAGAAUGAUGGAUGGAUUCCUAUGGAAACAAUGAUUAAAUUUAACCGUCUUAAGUCUCUGUCAGAGGAUAUCGAAUUCAUAAAAAAGUCGGUAUCCAAGUCACAAUCCGGGUUGAUUGAAGUAGGCGAAAAAGGUCUUCGAAGAAAUCCUGAGAUGAAAGUUCCUGAAACAUUUGAAACAGCUCUUAACAGCUAUAAAGAAAACGGUGUCUAUGUUAAAGGCUUCUCUCCAGAUGAAAAAUUGGAUGAAAUCAUUGAAUGGCUCGAAAAACAUGGUGGCAAAACCCUUGAUGUGCAUAUGCGCAGAUUUCCACGAGACAAAAAGUUUAGGGGAAGCAUAUUUGCUAUUUUUGAGAAGAAAGAGGAUUCUGAAAAGUUUCUAGCGUCGCAAGAGGCUGCUACUUUCAAAGAAAAAACUAUGAUCCGUUCAACCCAAAUCGAUUAUUGGAAACGCAAAGAAGAAGAAAACAAGGCUAAAGUUGCUUCACAAGCCAAAAAGCAAGCUGCACUUGAAGCUAACCAGGAGGCUCAACUUAAUUCUCGAAUGAUUCGUGGAGCAUUACUUGAAAUUGUUGGUCUUCCAGAAGCCACAAAAAAAAAUGAUGUAGUUGAAGGAGAAGACGCUACAACAGAAGAAUCAAAAGAGUCGUCAGUGAAUGGCGGUAAAGACUCAGAAGUACCAACAGUUAUGAACUUGAAACAGUGGUUAAACGAGAAGCUUGACUCAAGUACUCCUGUGGGAUGGAUUGAUGUCGAACCAUCUGAGGGGAAAGCUAUAAUACGUUUCAAACAACCUGAUACAGCAGAAAAAGCAUGGGCUAAAUUAAAAGAAGCAUUUGGCGAUAGUCCUGUUACUUAUUUAAACAGUGAACUAUCAGGUCGCGUAAUGACUGGUGACGAAGAAAAGAACCAGUGGAAAGUGAUCCUGGCAGCUCAGCAACAGAAGGCUCAGAAACGACGUGGAGGACGUAGUGAUGGAAGACAAAUUCGUAACAAGCGACGUCGUACGAACUAAGUAAAAUGGAAAAGAUUGAAUUCCAUUUACUACUUAUAACUUUAUUACUGUAUAUUCAUCAAAACUAAACUUUCCUUUGAAAUAUUUUAUUUCAUACAAAAUAAGAGAAGCUAUGUAAAAAAGCAAUCAUUUGUCAUGGAAAAUAUAUGUAUUUGGUUUGAGAAA